AUGAGAUCCAGACGACAACGGUCAAUGUUUCAAGUCAUUUGUAUCUGUUUUAGCCUAUUCGCACUUACACCACCAGUGGCUGCUGAUGACGACGCUCUUUACCAAGUUGAUCCCGACCAACUUUUCCAAUCCGUCAAACUCGAUCUGCAAGGAGACCCGAGCGAUAGCGACAGCUACUCGCCAUGGUCAUACCGACCAUUCUGCACCGACACUCUAUUUGACAAGAUCAACGACGAACCCCUCUGCGUCUACACGAGCACGGGCUUUGCAGGUGGUCGAGGACUGUCUCUGUUCACCACACCGAGUGUCGCCGACCAUAUCGUUGCCACGACGCCACUCUUCAGUGAACAUGACACAUCCGUCGUGUCCUCUGGCGUCAACACCCACAGCGGGAAUUGGUACACGGCACCCAUCCCAGGUAAAGGCACGGGGAUGCUGGCCAGCAAGGCACUCCGUCGAGGAAACCUUGUCCUAGCCACGACGCCGAUCCUGAUCGCGUACUCUGAAAAUGUUCUUGACGCAACCACUCGAGAAAAGUACCUGCGUCGUGCAAUCGACCAACUCCCCAGUGUGACACGCGCCAUGUACCUGUCCCUUGCCUCGCUCUCGGACAACGCCGAGACGCAGGUCCAAGACAUCGCGGCCGCCAACACGUUCGGCAUCAGCCUUGGCAGCGAACGCGACCGCGAAGGCGAACAACGACCGCAUCUCGCCGUGUUUCCCGAAGCGUCACGUAUGAAUCACGACUGUGCGCCAAACGCAAUAUUCCACAUCGACACCCGCACGCUGACGCAGCACGUGCACGCCGUCCGCUCCGUCGCUGCAAGCGAAGAACUCAGCAUCGCGUACACGAGCCCUCUGGACAGCACGGCGGAGCGACAAGCCUACCUCCGGCGGUCGUUCGGGUUUCAGUGCUCGUGCUCACGUUGUCGUCGUGGUAAAGACAAUGCGGACGCCGACGCGGAUUCAAACUCAGACUUGGUCCUGUCAGAGAUGGCGACUCUGCAAUCAAUUCUGGGCGACUGGUCCCCCGCGUCUAAAGCCAGUGUGUCGCAUGCCGAGCGUCUGGUCAGUCUGUACGUCCAAGAAGGGUUGCAAGGGUACAUGGAUCCAGCGUACUGCCAUGCCGCGUUGGUGUAUGGUUCCGUCGGCAGCGCCAGGGGGGUGAAAAAGUACGUCGACCUCGCGGUUCGGGCCAUCGAAUUGAGACUCGGUCCGGACAAUGAGGACAUCAAAGUGUGGAAGGAGAUGGCGGCGGCGCCGGAGAAGCAUUGGAGCUGGAGAAGGAGGAAGCAGAAAUAA